AUGUCGACAGAACAGAUUAACGCCCAGCUGGAGAAGCUCUCCCUCGGCAAGCUGGAGUCCUUCCCGGGCUGCUACCCGGACGUCAACCCCGUCGACGUCUACCGUUCCCACAUCACUACCAUGUUCCACGAGGUCACUGGUGUCGAGAAGUCCAUCAUCUACAACGCCCUCCAAUGGACCCAGAGCUUGGACAAGGGUGACAUGGUGUUGGCUGUUCCUGCUCUCCGCAUCAAGGGCAAGAAGCCCGCGGAGCUGUCAGAGGAGUGGCUCCCCAAGUUCCCCGAGUCUCCCCUCAUCGAGAAGCCCGUUUCUUUCCAGAACGGCUCUUUCUUCCAGUUCUGGUUUAAGCCCGGUCCCUUGGCCCAGCUUCUCCUCCCCCAGGUCGCCAAGCGCGGCAAGGACUUUGGCAAGAACCACAACAACGGACUCAAGGACCCCAAAGACCCUUCCCAGGGCAAGAAGAAGAUCAUCGUCGAGUUCUCCUCCCCGAAUAUCGCAAAGCCUUUCCACGCCGGCCACUUGCGAUCCACAAUCAUUGGCGGUUUCAUCUCCAACCUGUACGACGGCGCCGGCUGGGAUGUCACUCGUGUCAACUACCUCGGUGACUGGGGCAAGCAGUACGGUCUUUUGGCUCUGGGCUUCGAGAGGUUCGGCAACGAGGAGGCCCUGGCCGCUGACCCCAUCAACCACUUGUACGAGGUCUACGUCAAGAUCAACGCCGAGAUGAGCGCUGAGAAGGAGUCGAUCGAGGCCAAGGAGAAGGCUGGCGAGGAUGUCACCGCGCUCAAGGACAACGGCCUGGACGAGAAGGCCCGUAAAUACUUCAAGGCCAUGACUGCUGGCGACGAGACUGCUGUUGCUCAGUGGAAGCGUUUCCGUGACCUCAGCAUCGUCCGCUACAAGGAGACAUACGCUCGCCUGAACAUCCACUUCGAUGAUUACUCUGGCGAGAGCCAGGUCCCCGAGAAGGACAUGGAGGCCGCGGCCAAGAAGCUCGAGGACAUGAAGAUCUCUGAGGAGUCGCAAGGUGCUGUUAUCAUCGACUUCACAAAGCACGUGCCUGGCAAGGCUGGCAAGAGUCUGGAGCGCCCCAUCAUUCGCAAGAAGGACGGCACUGCCCUGUACCUGACCCGAGAUAUCAGCGAGUUGCUGAACCGCGAGAAGAAGUACGGCUUCGAUCACAUGAUCUACGUUGUUGCGUCUCAGCAGGAUCUGCACCUUAAGCAGCUCUUCAAGAUUAUUGAGCUGAUGGGCUACCCCGAGACCGCCAAGAAGUGCCAGCACAUCAACUUCGGCCUUGUCCUCGGCAUGAGCACUCGAAGGGGAACAGUCAAGUUCUUGGAUGAUAUCCUGCGAGAUGUCGGCGACCACAUGCAUGAGGUGAUGAAGAAGAACGAGUCGAAGUACGCCCAGGUCGAGAACCCUGAGGCCACUGCCGACAUUCUUGGCAUCAGCAGUGUCAUGGUCCAGGACAUGAGCGGAAAGAGGAUCAACAACUACAAGUUCGACAUGGACGCGAUGACUUCCUUCGAGGGUGACACGGGACCGUACCUCCAGUACGCCCACGCUCGUAUCUGCUCCAUCUUCCGCAAGGCUGGUCUCUCGGAGGAGGAGAUUGCCACGGCGGAUCUCAGCCUUCUGACUGAGAAGCAUGCUAUCGAGCUUAUCCGCAUCCUCAGCCAGUACCCUGAUGUCGUCCAGAACACGCUGAAGACACUGGAGCCGACGACUGUGCUUACGUACCUGUUCCGCAUGACCCACGUCGUUAGCAGCAGCUACGACCACUUGCGUAUUGUAGGCAGCGAGCGCGAGCUCAUGAAGGCUCGCUUGGCUCUGUACACCGCAGCCAGGACCGUGCUCUACAACGGCAUGCGUCUGUUGGGACUUUCCCCGGUCGAGAGGUGA